AAUGGAGAUUGUGUAUGUGUACACAAAGAAGCGCAGUGAGUUUGGACGCCAGUGUAACUUUUCCGACCGUCCAGCUGAGCUGCAUGUGGACAUUCUCCCUGACACGUCCCUCGCUGCAAACUUCACAGUGAGAGAUCCGUGUAAUGUGACAGUUCAGUGUGCCAAGGAAAUGUCCGAGCAUGAGGUGAACACAGAGCGCUUUGAAUCAGAGUCACGAGGAGUAAACCAUGUGGAAGGAGGUUGGCCGAAAGAUCUCAAUCCAGAGGACAUGGAGGCGACCAUCCGCUACAGGAAGAAAGUGGAGAAGGAUGAACACUAUCAGAACACCAUCAUGCAGAUUGCUGGUCUCAUGGAACACUGUUGCAAGCAGAACAACACCACUGACAUCUACCAGGAGUUCUUUGAGGAUGAGGAUGAGGAGGUAAUGGAGGAAUCGGAGGAACAGCCAUCAGCAAAGACAAUCAAUGUCUUCAGGUGAGCGCACUUAACUGUAAUGAUAGAGCAAUAUAUCAACAAGGUCACUUUUUUUAAUUAAUCAAUAGAACAAUUGAGUAGGGCUGCACGAUAAAUCGAAAUGGAAUCGAGAUCACGAUACAACAGAAGCUGUGAUUGUUAUGCGUAUCUUUUAGUGAAGCAAUGCAUGACCACCUUAUUAUUUAACCCAUUAUCAGCAUAUUGGGACACUCGUAAAGGCAGCCAGCCAGUAGAGAUGUCCACCAUCGAACACAGCCAUAGAGAUCCUGUCUACAAAGUCAUCUGGCUGCAGUCGAAGACAGGCACGGACAUCUUCUCGGCUUCUACAGAUGGUCAGGUACUGUGGUGGGACAUUCGGAAGAUGAGUGAGCCCACUGAGAGACUUAUACUGGACCCUAGUAAAAAGGGGAACCUUGAUAAUGCCCUUGGUGCAGUCUCGCUGGAGUUUGAGACCACUAUGCCCACUAAGUUCAUGGUGGGCACAGAGCAGGGUCUUGUGGUUUCAUGCAAUCGCAAAGCAAAAACCCCAGCUGAGAAGAUUGUGUGUACAUAUAGCGGACACCAUGGUCCCAUUUACGCCCUGCAGAGGAACCCAUUAUUUCCUAAGAACUUCCUGACCGUGGCUGACUGGACCGCCCGCAUCUGGUCGGAGGACAUCAAAGAGUCCUCUAUCAUGUGGACCAAGUAUCACAUGGCCCAUCUGUUAGAUGGCUGUUGGAGUCCAGUCAGACCCUCGGUUUUCUUUACUGUAAAGAUGGACGGCACCUUGGACGUGUGGGACAUCUUGUUUAAACAGAACGACCCAACUCUCAGCCUCAAAGUUUGUGAUGAAGCCCUGUACAGCAUCCGAGUGCAAGAUAACGGCCGUUUCCUGGGCUGUAGCUCUCAGCUGGGAACUACCACACUGAUGGAGAUUUCUGCAGGCCUGUGCACACUGCAGAAGAACGAGAAGGCCCUGGUCUCGGAGAUGUUUGAACGCGAGACCAAGCGGGAGAAGAUUCUGGAAGCUCGGCACAGAGAGAUGCGUCUGAAGGAACGCAGCCGCUCUGAACAGAGCCGAGAGGACGAGGGCAAAGAGGCAGAUGGGGAGGAGAGCGCAGCGGAGCUGGUGGCGCGUGCAGAGAGAGAGUUCUUCGACAUCAUGGAAGCUGAGAAAAAGAAAGAGGAGAAAGAACGAGAUACGGAGAAAGGUGUGUGUGAAGAGAAAGAUUUCCAGGAGGAGCAUGAAACUAAUGGUGUAUCAUCCUUUACCAGAAGAGAAAUCUCUCAGUAGAUUGCCAAAAAAGCGCUGUUCUCAUACUCGGAUCAUGUUCGCAACCCAUUUUACUUCCAUAAUGUGAUGUAUAUUUCUGAGUGAAAUGGGAUAUUCAGUGAGAAAACUUUUAUUUAUCAUGAACAUAUC